GAAACGCCACGGUGUCGCUCGAAGUCUUCUUGUGUGUGUGCGUGUGUGUCUAUUUGUGAGUGUUGUGUAUGUGCGUGUUGACAGGGGGACUGUAGAGUCGGCUUUCCUGUCAUACGUUUUUUAAUUUUUUUUUAAUUUACGGCGACAUUUUCUUUUUUUUUCUUUUUAAUGUAUUUAUAUUCUUUUCUCUGUGUGUCGAGUAUUACCGUAAGAACCGUCCAAUCUGGAUCGCGGCAGCAGUAGCAGGAAGAAGAUUGAGGAAUUCUCCAGGUCUUCUCGAGAGAAAAUACUACAGUCCAAAAGCAAAAUGUUCUCCAAAUUCACUUCCAUCCUGCAGCAUGCUGUUGAGGCGCUAGCUCCAUCGCUACCACUUCAAGAAGACUUUGUCUACCAUUGGAAGGCUAUCACACAUUACUAUAUUGAAACCUCAGAUGAUAAAGCGCCAGUGACAGAUACAAAUAUACCUUCUCAUAUGGAGCAAAUGCUAGACAUCCUGAUUCAAGAGGAGAAUGAACGAGAGAGUGGCGAGACAGGACCCUGCAUGGAGUAUUUAUUGCAUCACAAGAUCUUAGAGACCCUGUAUACACUUGGAAAAGCUGAUUGUCCUCCUGGAAUGAAGCAACAGGUGUUGUUGUUUUACACCAAAUUAUUAGGAAGAAUUAAACAGCCUUUGCUUCCUCAUAUUAAUGUGCAUAGGCCGGUCCAGAAACUUAUUCGGCUUUGUGGAGAAGUCUUAGCAGCUCCUACAGAAAAUGAAGAAAUACAGUUUCUCUGCAUAGUUUGCGCAAAACUCAAGCAGGACCCUUAUCUUGUCAGCUUCUUCCUUGAGAAUAAAUCAAAAACAGCAGCCGUCAAGGAUUCCUCCAUUUCUGUUGCAGAAAAUGACAUGGGUAAAUGUGAAGAUUUAUCCAGACCAGACACUGGACAGACACAGGUUAUAAGCGAAGGUGAAAUUGCUUCUUGCAAGCAGGAAACCAAUGCAUCUGCCUCAGAGAAUCAUAUAAAUUUAUCUUCAACCCAAAAAACUACAGAAAAUCGACCAGUUCAGGAUUAUAAUUUAGUUAAUUCAUUACUAAACCUCACGAAGAGCCCAGAUGGUCGAAUAGUUGUAAAGGCCUGUGAAGGUCUCUUGUUAUUGGCAAGUUUGCCUGAGGCUGCAGCUGCUAAAUGCCUGAUGGAGAAUACUGCCUUAUGCGAACUUCUGACUGACAGGCUGACAGUUUUCUACAAAGCUUUACCCCAGUCCAUGGAUCCAUUGGACAUUGAGACAGUAGAGUCAGUUAACUGGGGUUUGGAUGCGUAUAAUGUGAAAGAAGAUGCUACAGCAUUCCCAGGGAAACGAGCUCUCAUUUCUUUUUUAUCUUGGUUGGAUUAUUGUGACCAGCUUAUCAAAGAAGCACAGAAGACUGCAGCUCAUUAUCUUGCCAGAGCUGUAAGGGACAGGUUCUUUGUUUCAGUUUUGGAGCCUCAGUUAAUGCAGACGUCAGAGAUUGGAAUUUUGACAUCAACAGCUCUCUUAAAUCGCAUCAUUCGGCAGGUCUCUUCAGCUGCUUUGCUUCAGGAGACUGUUUUCUUUAUAUUAGGGGAACAGAGAGGAUCAGAAACCACAGCUGAUAUCCACAAACAUAUUCUAAGGCACCGACUGAUAGAACACUGUGAUCAUCUUUCAGAUGAAAUUAGUAUUAUGACAUUAAGGUUGUUUGAGCACCUUUUACAAAAACCCAAUGAACACAUCCUUUACAACCUAGUCUUAAGAAACCUGGAGGAGAGAAACUAUACUGAAUACAAACCACCUUGUCAAGAGGAUAAAGACUUGGUUGAAAAUGGACAGAUAGCUGAAGCAAUUGAUCUAGAAGAAGAUCCAAUUUUUGCUGACAUUGCUCCAGAUAACAGAAUUUGUAACUCUGAUUGGUUAAGUGCAUCCCCUCCACAAACACCCGAUCAUUCAAAAAAUGAUGGGAAAACAGAGGUUCACAAAAUUGUAAAUAGUUUUCUUUGUUUAGUGCCUGAUGAAGCAAAGUCAUCUUAUCAAGUAGAAGGGACAGGAUACGAUACCUACCUCAGAGAUGCUCAUAGACAGUUCCGGGAUUACUGUGCUAUUUGCAUGAGAUGGGAUUGGCCAGGAUUGCCAAAAGCUUUUGAAAAGUGUGAUCUUAAUGCCACCUUUUAUGAGGGGCAUUUUCUUAAAGUCCUUUUUGAUCGAAUGGGCAGAAUUCUUGACCAGCCAUAUGAUGUAAAUUUACAAGUGACAUCAGUGCUGUCAAAGCUCUCCCUAUUCCCUCACCCUCAUAUGCAUGAGUUUUUAUUAGACCCUUAUAUCAACCUUGCUCCAGGAUGCAGGUCUCUGUUCUCUGUCAUUGUCAGAGUUGUUGGAGACCUUAUGUUGAGAAUCCAGCGGAUCCCAGAUUUUACCCCUAAACUUCUGCUGGUCAGAAAAAGAUUACUAGGAUUAGAACCUGAAGGCCCCACCAUUGAAAACAUGACAUUGUUGGAAGGUGUGAUUGUCCUAGAAGAAUUUUGCAAGGAAUUAGCAGCUAUAGCAUUUGUUAAAUUUCAUGCUUCUACAACACCUUAAAGCAACUUCAUGAAUGUUACAGACAAUUUCUGGCACUUCAGCAUGAAUACAGUUGAGAUGAGACAGAUCAUCAGCAUAGCACAGCUGCGAUAAUACGCUGUUUUAAUCCAAUCCAUCCUCUCAUUUGACUGUGGAUAAAAUGCCAGUUUCUACUCUUGAAAUAUUCAACUGGGUCUUAAAAAAUUAUAAAACUGAUCUGCUAAGUAUAAUCCUCUACCCUUUGGGAAUCAUGAUGGAUAAAAAGAAAAUGGCUUUUAACAGAACCAGGAAAAACCCUUUUGGAUCAAGUGCUGUUUUAUUUUAUUUUGUAUAGUGCAAAGAACUAUAUUAAGUGUCAAGCUGUGUUAACUUCACUUUAAUAACCAGAGAUUCUUUAACAUCUGGGGCCUACAUGCAUAAAAUGCCUUAACAUUCUGACUGCCUUAAAGAAAAACAGGUUGCAUUUGCGUAAAACUGCCUGAUUACCACCCUGGUUUGGGGCAUGCUUUCAUUUUUAUGUUUCUGAGUUACAACUGAAAAUUAUACAUUUAAUGGUGAUAUCAUGAAAAAAUACUUUAAAUAACAGAAACAAGUCUGCCUUUGCUGCGUUCUUUUAAGGUCAAUGUGUAAAGGAAAGGAUUAGUCCAUUAGGAAAAUCAGCCUUUUCUUUUUGUCCUUCACUGUCAACACAAAACAAAAUGUCCAUAUAAACAUGCUAUGAAGCACUGCCUUUAAAAUAAUCUUUGAUGGUUUUUGUCUUGCUACCCUUUUAUCAUCGGUGGCCAUUUUUUGUUUUGUACUUUGCUGGGUGUACAGUGUAUUUAUCCCAGCCUCCACUUUCACACAAGUUUUAUGCUUGAAAGGCCCCAUGUUAAAAAUAAAUAGACAGGAACUAGGGAGCUUUUUAGCAGUGUAAUCUAUGGUGGGCCACGUGAGAGUUUUUCAAUAUGCGUGUGUGUAUGUGUAGGGGUUUUUUUUUUUUUUUUUGAAUUUGUAGAAAAAAUGUUAUCAACUGUGCCUUGACAAUAGGCAUGUCACAAGUAUUAUUUCUAUUACUGUGGGAAUGUUUUAUAUGAUGGAUAACUUGUUUGAACUACAGACAGUUUAAUAAUAGUGAAAUGAAUGCAGUAUCUUUUUUAUUAUGGACUUAAAAAGUCCACCAAUUCUAUAUAAUACAUGAUCAUAUUUUUCAGUAUUCAUUAAGUUGUUAUUGGAAUCUCUUCCAUUAUUUAGUGGUUAAACUUUGCACUCAUGUUUACAGUUGUGUUUUAAAACAUGUCAUGCACUCUGGAUUUUCAACUUCAUGUAAGGUGCACCAACCUACAGUAUACAAUUAAUACUUUCCUGAUUUUCUUGAAAAGAAACGUGUACCUUUCAAAUCGAAUUCUGUUGUACAGUUCUAUGUUUGGGUUGUUGUAAGCCUGCAGAUUUAAUAAUUAUCUCUGAUUAUUUGCCAGGUAGCAGACAUUCCUUUUGGUAAGAAUAAACCUAAAUACCUGGAUUAGGUAAUAAAAUAGAUACUGUAUAUUGGUGCAAUAUGCAUAGGUUAUCCGUAGAUAAAGUUUUUUAUUUUAUAUUUUAGUAUAGGGUAAAAAAAAACAAAAAAAACUUUCAUUUAUUAUGCAUGCAUAGCACAUGCAAAUUUAGGAUUAUAUAUAUAUAUAUGCACAUUCACAAGUUGUCAAACUUGGUAAAUCUUAUUUGUUUUAUGUGCAUUUGAUGUGGAAAUAGAAUUAUAUUCACAAAUACCAAAUAUUUAUUAAGACAUGCACUCUACAGCAUAAAUUAUUCUACAGUGUUUCCAGAUUGCUGGAGAAUAAAAUGAUCUUUUCGCAGAACCUUGAUAAUAAACUUAAAGUCUCUUGCCUGAUGAAGAAAAAACGUUUGUAAUGGUUAGAGUCACCCCGAUCACAGAUUUAUUAGUUUAAGGAUGGACUAGGCAUUUUUUGUAUAAGAAGAAAUAUCCUGUAUUUGUCUUUUUACUGCACUAGUCAUUGAAAUAUUGAUCUGGUGCUACAUCCUUGAAAUAUGAACACUGUAACAAACUGUUUUAUAAAGAAUUCUGUACUCUUUUCUUAUCCAUGACUCCAUGUAGCGUAAACACGUGGUAUAUAGAUACUUCACUUCAGAUAUCCCAUAGUAAAGAUCAGGUUGUAGGUGUAAAUUUAAAUAGAAAAAAAGUCAUAAUCCACUGCGUAAUGUUGGAUAUCAUGUAUAAAUAAUAUAUUGUAGCUUUUUUUAGCCACAACAUGGGUGAAAUCAUUACAGGUAGUAUUUUUCAUAUCUUGUUCUGAAAGAAAACCUACUCAUUAUGUAUAGCUGCUCAGUUUAAAUAUAGUAAUUAAAGCAUUUCAAUGGAACCAGGUUGGUAUCACUUCAUAUAUUGUAAAAUAUUUUGAAUUUCUUACCCACAAACCAUAUUGGUCAAUUUUAGAAUGUUCUCUUUUUAAAUAAAUAAAAAUUGUCAUGUCUGCUACCUUCAAUAUAAUUGUUUUCAUUUUGUGCACAAUAUAAAUGUUACAUUUGCACCUUAUUUUUAUCCUCCUUCAGCUGGGAAGUUCUUUAAAAUUAAACAUAUGUCAUAUUUGUGCAAUUUAAAAAUGUACUUGCUGUGGUUGCUUUACAUUGCUGUUGUAAAUAAUCACUUUGCUAUCCAUUUUCCAUUGCAUUAAACAAAAGUGUUUUAUUUGAGA